UAAGAGUCAUUUAGGUUUUCCAAUUUGCCGCUCCAAAGAAGUCUUCUUCGUUCUCCGCUAGGGUUUUCAUCGCAAUACCGUCUCUUCUGUUUUUCUCAAAUCUGAACUUCGAUUCUCCUCUUUCUUUCAAAUCUUCGCCGAACCCUCCCCAUAAUAGACACAGAUGUCUCGUUGUUUUCCUUACCCACCUCCUGGUUACGUGAGGAAGGUGGCUAGGACCGAGGCGGCCUUGAUCGAAUCGAUUAAGCUCCAAUCUGAAAGACGACAGCACAAGACUGAUAGCAAGAAAGAGAAAAGUAAGCACAAGAAAGAAAAGAGCAAGGACAGGAAACACAAAAGCAAAGAACGUAAGGAAAGAAAGGAAAAAUCUUCCCGUAGCUUGAAUGAUCAGAAACAGAAGGCAUGCGUAAAAGAGGCCAAGGAUCGUCUAGAGGGAACCAAGGUUGAAGCAGAACAAUUAGAAAAGAGUGGUCUCACUGAAGAGCAUGGACAACCAGUAUGGCCUCAUAGUCCUGGCUACUUGUCUGAUGGAACUCAGAUCAACCAUAAGAGGAAAAGGGAUUCACUACAGCCUGAUGAAGGUUGUAAACCUGGAAAAGUAAUUCGGAUCAAACUGGCUUCUUCACUAAGCCAGCAAGAGAAUUCAUCAGCUGGCAGUGAACAGACGUGUUCUGUAUCUGGUCGUGAUUGCUCUCGUGAUGAAAACAGCUCAGUUGUUCGGCGAUCAACUUGCUUUGCCAAUUCUGAAACGGCCCUUGCUGUCAAGGAUUGCACAUCUUCUAAACCUAAGAUCAAAGACCCUCCUCCGCAUGCUGUCAAGGAAAUUAGCUCACUAGGUAAUGUUAUGUCAUUACCACGUACCAGAAGCCCUGUUGAAUCUGCUUACGAGGCCUUGUUUGAGAAGUGGGUACCACCUCCACUUCAGUUGGAGCAACAAAUGGAUGAUGAAGAAUGGCUCUUUCCAACCGAAAAGCAAGAUGGACGAAGUUCAAAGACCAAUGAAGCCUUCAGUUCUAUUCCCAGCUGUAGAAGUUCCAGUCUGUGGCCGAGAGGACAAUAUCUUGCCGAUGCCGAUGUUUAUUCAUUGCCUUACACGAUCCCAUAUUGAUUUUGAAUUCUUUACUCGCAGAGAUGUGUACAGCCAGUAGGAACAAUAGUCUUCGCGUUAUAAUUGGUUUAGAAUCAAAUAUAAUUGACAUUCAAUUUUGUUCUCUCCUGUGAGACAAUGAACAGGCAUGCUUUGGGGAUGUGAUGCAAGUGUAAAUUCUUAGUGUUGAUGCUAUAUAUAGCAGCUUUUGCCUUAA